AUGAUGAAUAAUUUAGUAAAAAGAUUACCAAAUUUAGUUAUAAAAUCAAAUAAAAGUUUAAAUAUUUAUAGUGUGAAUAAAUUAAAUUUAAAUUCAACCAUUAUCAAUAAUAAUAAUAAUAAAUUCCAACAACAACAAAAUUUUGCAACAUUAUCAAAAAAGAAAUUUGGUGGUAUUAAAGAUAAAAAAGAAGAUGAAGAGAAAAUUAUAAAACAAGAAAAAGAAAGAUUAUUUAUUGAACAAAGUAAGAUUUCAAUUGAUACUUUAACAUUUGAUCAUGCAUUACAAAAUAUUAAAGAAAAGUUUGAAAAAGAACAUGCACUUUCAAGUCGUUUAAUUGGUACAAUGUUUAAAAAAGUUAAAACAUUGGAAGAGUUACACCAAAUUUUGAAAUUCUUCAAGUAUAUGAAAAACCCCAACCCAGACUACCUCAGAUCAUCACACAUUCUCUACAUUUAUUAUGCAUUCCUCAGAACUUCACAAAUCCCAUUAUUUGCAGAGAUGUUAAUUCAUAGUGAUAAAUUCCAAAUUUUCCCAAAACAUAAUGUAUUGAUCAAGGUGUUGAUUCAAUUAUUUAAAUUAGGUGGAGACAAUAUUCAAUUGGCAAAUCAAUUAUUCUCAAUCAAUAGUUCACGUUUUCCAAUCACUACUAAAUUCAUGGAUAGUUUCUCAAAGGCUGCCGAAACUUCUUGUUUACCACAAUUCUUGGGUUUAUUAAAAAAUUAUCCAACUAAUUUACCAUUGGAAUUGGGUGCUAAAACUAUUAAAAUUUUAAUUCGUUCUACCAAUGAUGGUGCCAAUGAAAAUACUCAAGAAAUUUUGGAUAUCAUCUACAGAUUUACUCCUGAAUCAGUUUUCAAUCAACUCGAUCAAACUACCAAGAAUGAAUUAAUCAAAUUUGAAUCAAAUGCAAAUCAUUCAACUAAUCCAAAUAGAUUCUCUUGA